GAGGAACAGAGCAGCUGCGAGCCCAACAGACACGUCCCCCGGAGACAAACAACAACACGACAAACUCCACGGAUUCAAGCAGAGUAAAAGGUUUGAAGAAUGGAGUUGGCCAACCAUGGUCUUUUGCUCCUGCAGCAGCUCAACGCUCAGAGGGAGUUUGGCUUCCUGUGUGACUGCACCGUUGUCAUCGGAGACGUCUUCUUCAAAGCCCACAAGGCAGUACUGGCCGCCUUCUCCAACUACUUCAGAAUGCUCUUCAUACACCAGGACAGUGAUUGCGUACGCCUGAAGGCAGCCGAUAUCCAGCCAGACAUCUUCAGCUACCUCCUCAACCUGAUGUACACAGGGAAGCUGGCCCCUCAGCUCAUCGACCCAGCCCGGCUGGAACAGGGGGUCAAGUUCCUCCACGCCUACCCCCUCCUCCAGGAGGCCAGCCAGACUGCCUUCUCCCACCCCGAGCCCAGCCUGCCCUUCUCUACUGCCCUUUUUGGCAUUCAGAUCUCCGACCAGCAGGUGGCGCUGUCCGAUAGGCUGCCUGCUCAGCGCCAGCUCUCUUCGCCCUUUGACCUGGACAGCCUCCCUGACAGGAAGUAUCCGUCCACGUCUGCUGUAGCAGCGUCUUUCGCCAACCACGCAUCCAAGCUGGACUCUUCAUUUCAGGAAAUGAUGGCGGCUUCAACCAGCGGCCACCUGGCCUGGUAUAAGGACAAGCAUAGAGGUGAAACCCUGACAGGAGAGGCUCCCUCCUCGGAUAACUCAAACACCAUUCUCCAUGUGAAGCCAAGCAUCAUGAAAAGGAGUGCCUCCUUCAGGAAGCACUACUCCUGCCACCUGUGUAGCAGCCGCUUCAACCAGAGGAACCUGUUGAGGGAGCACCUCCUGCAGCACAGGCAGGCCCGGCUCCCCCUGGUGGCCGAACCCAGCGGCGCACACUCCUCUGUCAUCCCAGGAGGAGAAGCCACCACACCAGAGGUAGAAGAGGUGCUGCUAAGGGGAGGUGGAGAACGGUCCGCUGACAUGACAGUUGAGAUGCUGAGUGACAGCGAGCAAGCACCUCUCUCUGGUUCCAACAUGGACUCUCCCAGAGCUGAGAUGUCGGGGUGGGCGACGGGGUGUCAGUCCCAGGCCGACACCCCACCCCCAUCAGACAUUGCGGAUAUCGACAACCUUGAGAGUGCUGACCUGGACCACGAGGUGAAGCGCAGAAAGUACGAGUGCUCCACCUGCGGACGCAAGUUCAUCCAGAAGAGCCACUGGCGGGAGCACAUGUACAUACACACGGGAAAGCCCUACAAGUGCAGCGCCUGCGGCAAGAGCUUCUGUCGUGCCAAUCAGGCAGCGCGCCACAUGUGUCUGAGCCAGGGCAUCGAAGCCUACACCAUGGUGGACCGGCAGAGUAUGGAGCUGUGUUCUGCUGGGGACGACACCAGCCAGAUGGAGGUGCUGUUCUUAGGCUCAGCAAGGCCCUACAAGUGUAAUGUCUGUGAAACCACCUUUUCCAGCCCCAACGAGGUCAUCAAGCACCUGUGCUUCAGCCAAGGGGCGCUAGCAGGCCUGCAGGGGCAGGCAGGGGUGGAGCUGCUGCAGGGGGAGGAGUUUCCCAAAGACGAGGGUUCUGAUUCGUCCGGCGCUGGCCCCCUCAUUACGCCCAUAAAAACUGAGCAGGUCUUGUUGGAGUAGCACCACAACAAAAUAACCAGUUUUAUAUUUUUGUUUUUCUUAUACAUGUUUAUUUUUUUUAAACUUUAAGUUAUGGUCUGUAGUUAAGCUAAAGGUUUAGUUAGUUAAGUUCUGUAUGUGUAGGAGGUGUUUUGUAUGUACUGAAAAUGCUUCCUUAAGAUGAUUUAACAGCAAAAGCCAGAGACUGGGACAUUUUGUUGUUGAACAUCAAUCACACCACCAGCCAGAGAAAUGUUUUAGUGUCCAUGUGAAUACCACACACACUGUACAAAACUGUCAUAUUUCUGACAUGGUGUUGCAUUAGUUUGUCCAUUUAUCCUCUUAUGCAUAGGCAACCAGUUGGUAAAGUACCAUUUGGCAAAGUAGUAUGUCACUAUAUGUUACUCAAAAUAUGUGCUACAGUAGAGUUCCUAAUGUAAGUGUAACUUGGCCCUUGUCAAAGUCUCUUUUUGGUGCUUAAUUUUCAUAGGUCUGACACAUUGGUUUCUGUUACUUUAUUUAAAGUGGCCGUUGGCUGUGGUCGAACCUCUCACUCAGCUUUUAGCUCCAGACAGAAACAGGAAGCUGAGAUAGAGUUCCGGAGGAAGUAAUGUUUCUCAAGAAUCCGAUUAUAUAUCCAUAAUAAUUCACAUUAAAUCACCUAAUGUUGUGUUAUAGCUUUAUCAACUCCUUGUGAACAUUACAAGUUUUGAACUUCUAUUUGCUAUU